AUGUCCCCGCUGUGCCCCCUGCUGCUGGCCCUGGUCCUGGCGGCCGUCCCCGGCGUCCGAGCGGCCUGCCCGGCGCCCGCGGACCUCAAGAAGCCCGACGGGACGCGCACGUGCGCCAAGCUCUACGACAAGAGCGACCCCUACUACGACAACUGCUGCGGGGGCGCCGAGCUGUCGCUGGAGCCGGGCACCGACCUGCCCUUCCUGCCCUCCGACUGGACGAACAUCGUCUCCUCGCUCGUGGUGGCCCCGCGCUGCGAGAUCACCGUGUGGUCCCAACGCGGCAAGGCCGGCAAGACGCGCAAGUUCUCGACCGGCGUCUACCCGCGCCUCGAAGAGUUCCGCAAGGGCAUCUUCAGCGACUGGUCCAACACCAUCGCGUCGCUCUACUGCAGGUGCCCGCCCGGCCCCGCCUCCGCCCGCAGCCCCGCCUCCGCGUCCGCGGCGCGAACCCGGGCCCCCAGGCCCCUCGGCCCCUGA